AUGGCGCCCCAGUGCCGCUCCCAGGCCGCGGCUGUGCUGCUGCUCGCGGUGGUGCUGGCGCGGUGCGGUGGCCUGAGGCUGCCGUCCGAUCUGCGGGGCCCGAGUGCGGCGGCAGGCGCCCCGGACGCCCUCAACUGCACGUUCCUGGUGGAGGGGGCGGGCGGGGCGGAAAACGCAAGCCUCAGCGUGGCCGUGACCUGCGACGGGGCCACCCUGUUUGACAGGACGGUGAACGCCACCGGCGUCGCCGAAACAACCCUGACGCCGUCCCUGACGCUGUUCAAGGCCGUGGGCGGCGGCACGGCGGUCCUGCACCUGCACGGCGGCGUCGGCGGCCUCGUGUUCGACUCCACGUUUGCGUCCAUCCCGCCCAUGACUGGC